GUACUAAUAAUCUUGACUUCUUUUGUACCAGGGAACGCUACGAUCAUUUUAGUUCUGUUUUAUUUUUGCCAAAAUGAUAUCCCUCGGGGCCAUACGGCCAAUCUUGAAUAUAUCAUUGCGCCCUAUUGCUUCUGUUUUUCUCCGUUCUAAUCGACAGUUGAGUUCGGAUGCUUGUACGCCUUGCCAAAAUCUAAACUUCGUGGAUGGACAUCGGUGCAACCCCAUCACCGAGGAAAUAUCUGGGCAAAUGUUUAUAACCGACCCCUCCACGGGACACAUAAGCUGUGAAGUGAAAGGAUCGGGCAAGACAGAGGUCAAACGUGCAGUGCUUUCUGCGCGAAAGGCGUUCAAAACCUGGUCAGUCUUGUCCGGUAGUGAACGGGGCAGGAUUCUCGGAGAUGCUUCUAGACUUGUCCGAAAACGCAGGGAAGAUAUUGCAAAGGUCGAGGUGCAUGAUAAUGGCAAACCAUUCCACGAAGCUCUUUGGGAUGUGGAUAAUGUUGCAGACGUCCUGGAGUAUUAUGCUGGGGUGGCACCCACCCUCAGUGGCCAGCAUGUGCAAUUGCCAAAUGGAUCAUUUGCAUACACUAGGAGAGAGCCUCUUGGUGUAGUGGGUGGCAUUGGAGCAUGGAAUUAUCCCAUUCAGACUGCCUGCUGGAAGAUUGCACCAGCUAUUGCUUGCGGCAACACAAUAGUAUACAAGCCUUCUCCUCUUACCCCUAUGAAUGCUGUAGCAUUAGCUGAUAUACUGACAGAAGCAGGAGUACCCCCCGGGGUGGUAAACAUAAUCCAAGGGGGAGGGGAGACUGGGGAAAUGUUGUCAAAAGAUCCGAAUGUGGCAAAAGUAUCCUUCACCGGAUCGGUUCCUACGGGACAGAAGAUCAUGGCCUCCUGUGCAGACGGCAUCAAGCAUGUGACACUAGAACUUGGAGGCAAAUCUCCCCUCAUUAUUUUCAAAGAUGCAGACAUGGCCAAUGCUGUUAGUGGAGCCCUGAUGGCAAACUUCCUUUCACAGGGACAGGUCUGUUCCAAUGGUACUAGAGUCUUUGUGGAAGACAGCAUCAAGGACGAAUUCCUUGAGAAAGUAGUGGAGCGAACCAAAAACAUCCGUGUUGGGGACCCCAUGGCCCCCGACACUCAGAUGGGAGCGAUGAUUUCAAGUGCUCAUUUGAACAAGGUGCUGGACUAUGUGCAGAUUGGAAAGGACGAGGGAGCUAAAGUGUUGUGUGGAGGUGAGCGUCUCCAUCUCCCCGAGCCAUUGACCAGUGGGUAUUACAUGUCUCCGUGCGUGAUGGCCGAGUGCACGGAUGACAUGACUGUGGUUAAAGAAGAGAUCUUCGGGCCAGUCAUGACUGUGCUGACAUUUCAGACGGAGGAAGAGGCGGUGACGCGAGCUAACAAUACCACGUUUGGACUGGCAGGAGGGAUAUUCACACGAGAUCUAAACCGUGCUCACCGCGUUAUUGGUAGCCUACAAGCUGGCACAUGCUGGAUCAAUAGCUUCAACAUUACACCAGUCGAGGUACCCUUUGGCGGUUACAAAAUGUCGGGUUUUGGGAGAGAGGGUGGAACGGCGGCGGUGGAACACUAUACACAACUCAAGACGGUCUACGUGGAGAUGGGCGACGUGGAAGCACCAUUUUAGUUCACUAAACUCCGCAAAAUACCUCCUAUUAUUGCGACUGUAGUAACUAGGUAGGCAAUGUUCUUAAAUCUGUGAACUUUCUGCUUGGAGAAAAAUGAACUUAUAGGUAUGACUGGAGUUUUUAGGCAGCUCUUAAAAUACCAUGCCUAGCCUGGCGACACCAAAUCAUUAUAUAUCCAUGUUGGUGCGAAAUAUAUCGCAGAAUAGCAGAAUGAGCUAAUUUGCUAAGAGUUGUGACGAUUUCUUGUUGCAACAAUGUUAUUAAUCAAGAACCCAAUGUGCCAAUAGUAUCCUCGAAUUUAACCGCUGAGUGGAACAAAUUUUUUUUUGUUUCCAAACCACCAAAUACUAUGAGGCAAUCGUAUCCUCGCCCAUCCUUUUAGGUGCAGUCAAAUGGUUUUCUUUGCCACCACACAAACACCUGUAUUUUCUUGUGAAAUACAGUCGGUAGGUUUUUUAUGGUUCACUCAAAUAUCAGCCUAAAAGGUAUUCUUUUCUUGCUCCACCAAAAGCUGUCGAGACAACAGUCAUUUUCAGCUUUCAAGCAGAUUUGGGGGAAAAUCAUUUAUAUUUUUGAUAGCAAAGUAAUAGAUGGAGAAAUAUAUAACAUGAAUAAAGGCAAAUCUUUGGCGACAUAAUUUCGUCUAGAAAAUGCUUGACUUUUUACUGUUUUAUAAAAAAGAUAAUAUACUUAAUAAAGUAAGUUUGUCUAA